AUACAUGGUAUAAUAGGUAAUUGUCAUGAUGAUUGCAGUGGUAUAUAACAAACAAUACUGUAGGCUUGUAAUCGUGCACUAAUGAGGAUUGUUUUUCACGUAUAACCUUCGGUAUUUUAUUUUAACCCAAAUCAGCCGCAAGAUGGUGGAGUGUACAGCACCAAAGCUAUCUGACUUUGGUCUGUCGACGUCAUCCUAUGAUGUUUUCACAAGAACGCAGUGCAGCUUUCCAAGAGCGGUAUUGCUGAUAUACCGGUUCUUGAUGACCGGAUACUUCCUCGGUUACCAAAUCUACUUGUGGACUAACGUGCUUACCAUCCAUGAUUACAUCUAUAUGACUGAUUGGACCUAUACAAUCUUCACUUUCUAUUCCUUGAUUGCUCUGGUCAACCUUACAGGGGACAUGUGUCUUCAGAGAUGCUAUGACACGUCACAUGCUUCUAAAGUACUAAAAGGAGGACACAUGAUCCAGUGGCUGUUUUACAACGUCAUCGUCACAUGGACUUGCCUUGUUCUCGUUGUCUUCUGGGGCGCCCUCUACGAUCCUCGAUAUCCCAACUGGAUGUUUGACAUUUCCUGUCACGCUUUACCUGGUGUGUUCAGUGUCCUUGAGCUUGCUUUCACCGCGACACCCUGCCGACUCGCCCACAUCAUCUACCCGAUGAUCUAUGGGUUCUUCUAUCUCACAUUCACCCUUAUCUACUGGGGGACUGGGCAUCCACCGAUAUACCCGAUCCUCGACUACAGCGGCAACCCAGGAUUGGCUACGGGAUCGAUCCUUGGUAUGGUUGGGUUCAUGCUGCUGUUUCAUCCGUUGGUUUGGGGGCUCACGAAGCUCAGGGGUAGCGUUGCAGGAAGAUUGAACUGUUCUCAAGACUUACACGGAGAUCGGCAUGAACUCAUCGAUAGAAUGUAAUGUCACAGAUUUGGAGGGCUACCAAAUUAGAGCCCGUCGAUCCAAAGACAAACCGAGUAGGACGCCCUCUAAGACGUUACAACCACUCUACUGAUAGAUCGCUAUUGGCGAUCAGCAACAUGUUAUUCAUGUCACCACUUGCCAUGCUUGCGAAACGUAGCACGCCGUUUUGGGCCUUCCGUGCUAUUUGACAGUAUUGUGAAGUAUUUAAUACUGGGAGAUCGAUUAAACAUGAUCGAAGCUUCACCUGUAUACUGGCUGCACAGAAAUGUUGUUAGCGCUAACAACGCGCUAACAGAGGACCUGUUACAGUCGGUAAUGUGGCAGCGAUGCCUAAUUAUUAAAAAUGCAUUGACUUACACAUUGAAAUCAAUGUUUUGACCUGGCAAUUCGGAAGAUGUGACUGGGCUUUACUGCUAGCGCUCUGUUGGGCUAACGAUGUUUCUUUGCGGCCGGCACUAGUUAAUUACUAUGAUAGUGAUUGCAUGUCUAUUAAUUUGCUAUCGACACCUGCUAUACAUACUUAACUUGAGGUCAUUUAUGCACUAAACAAAUAAAGUAAACAAAAUGUUGUUUUAAACAAAAAAGUAAACAAAUGUUGUUUUCUAAACACUUUUGUGUCCUUUGUAGGGUGUAAGAUUUCACUGCCAUAGUUUAAUUCAGGCAA